UGACAUAGUAAGCUGGUCAACUGAUAACUGAUGCCGUGGAUAAUGUUUACGCAACGUCGUGCCAUGCAAGGGCGUACACAGUAAAAAAUGGAGUGUCAUUAUUGCAGAGUAAACCUAUUUUCCUCUGGAUAGAGUAAUUAUAACAAUGUACAGAGUAAAAUCGUCUAAAUAGUAGUGUCAAAAGUGAGAGUUGAGUCCAACAUGCACACAAUGACCAAAUCUACUCUACAUGGUGAUGAUUCCCCGCGGAAAAUCCUAGAACUGAACUGGAGCUCAAGCUGGCAGUGGCACGUUGGAAAUCGUCUCUUUCCCCACUAGCAGACCUGUCGUGAAAAUGCUGCUGCGUGUCUCGUUUGGCGGAGUGCAUAAGUACAUCAAGCUGCCUGAACUAACAUUCGGUGAUUUCUUGAGAGAAGUGAGUCUAAAAUUUAACAUUGCUGAAGACAGACGGUUGGACAUCAAGGUUUAUGACCAGUCUAACACAGAGGUCGACUCUGAGGUUUUUGAGGAGAUCGUACAAGAGUUCCAUGGACCUUUCCUAAUUUCAUUGGCCAAUGAAGCACCUGGUAAUUGCUGCCUACCUGCAUAAGACUACACACACAUCGUUGAAGUGGAAGUGUUGAACUAUGUAAUUGUGUUCUUAUUUCCCAAUGCUCAGAUAGAACAAGAUUUUAGAGUGAUGUUUGGUGAGCAGACUGCCAACAAGUUCCUGGAGAGGUGGCCUACCACUUUCAAAGCAGGAGUCAUUAAGGAAAGCCAUGGACUGGUCCCCUCCACAGACCUUCUUGAUUUAAUGCGCAACGCUGAGACAUCUACUGAAGUUGAAAAAGGCUGGGACAGUGACAUGUCUGCCAUCAUACUGCUGCUACAUCUGCUACCACCAUCUGCACAAGGACGAAAGAGGCCAGGGAAGAUAUCAGCAUCUAAUGCAGUUGAUCACCUCAUCAAAUUCCAAAAGACGGGAACAAGCGUGCAGCAGCAUCUUGACAACAUCGCUCAAAGCAGUCAGCCCUACCUCCUUGCUCAGGGACCCACAAAAAGCAGCAUUCACUCUUUCUUCAUUGCCAUCGACAAGCAUGCACUUCCAUGCCAAGCCACCAGCUCGGUUGGAGCCCUGGAUGAGCUCUUCAAGGCCCACUAUGUGUUUGGUACAUCUUAUAGUCCUGUCUUGAACAACUUGUUCACUUUUCUGCAAACUACCAUUUACAACAUUGACGUGGGGAAAACUAAGGAAACGCCAAGAAUUGCAGAGUUGCGAGCGAGAAUGAUGCGUUAGGCACUCUUGAAAUUAAACAAUGAGGUGCUUUCUUUGCAGCAAUGUCUUUGGUGACGCAAACAAUCUAGUAAAGCACCUCAAAGUAAUACAUGGACUCUGUACGGGAAGGACUCUUUAUUUUCAAUGUGGCCAAGUGGGAUGCUCACGUUUUUUCAAUAGUUUUUCUGGUCUUAGGAAGCAUCUGAAUAAGUGUCAUGUGAAUAGUGCAUGUGAUGUUAUUGUUGAAACUGAACCACCACAUUGUCAAACUGUUCUUGAUAGUACUAAUGCAAAUCCCGCAGAAGAGACAUAUGAGGCUGAGGUUGAGUCAGAGCCAGCAUUAUCGUCAGAACACCUUGUAAAUAGUUGUGCCUCUGUCAUUUCAGAUCUAAAGGCAGCAGGUGUAGCCCAGUCUGUUGUUAAUUCUUUUGUGACCUCUAUGGAGGAUAUUGUGCAGGAAAUUCAUGAGCAUGCAAAAGAGUCAGUCAUCCAGGGUGUAUUUCGUGAUCAAAGAGACACUGAAACAUGCAAGAAUGUGGAGGGAUGUUUUAACCAAUUAGAGAAUCCAUUCACAGCUCUAAAUUCAGAUUACAAAUUCAGAUCAAAAUUUAUUACCAGUAACUGGGAAACUGUGGAGCCAGUGGAGCUUGUAAUUGGCUCAAGAUAAGGCCUUUUGACAUAAAAAUGUCAUGUGGAGAGAAUGACACCACUAUGUAUGUUGUCCCAUAUUGUUAUCUCUGAGGAGUUAUCAGGAAAUAAAUGGUGCUACAGUA